AUGACACGGAGGAGUAAGCAAUCACCUCUUAUCCCCGUAGAUCCGGAGUUAAAUAGAACUUUGAGGAACGUAAGAAGGCUCCUACAAGGCACGCCGGAAUUUUCUCUAGCUUAUACGGAUUCCGAGUCGGAGGAUAAUCUUGACAACGAGCAAGAGAUGGCCAACCCACCGCCUCCUCCACUUCUACAAGACUAUGACCACCCCGAUGCAUUCCAACUUUGGAGUGGCAUACUUCUUCCCACCACCAAUGCAAACAACUAUGAGUUCUCUCCUCAACUCAUAAGGAUGAUCCAAAGUGAACAGUUCGGGGGGAGUGCAAAUGAGUGCCCUCUAGCUCAUUUAGACAACUUCCUUGAGUUGUGCACUACCAUCAAGCAAAACAACCUCACGGAGGAAUUCAUUUGGAUGCAUAUGUUUCGGUUCUCUCUUAGGGACAAGGCUAAGUGUUGGUUGAGGUCCGUGAAAGAAGGAUCCUUAACAACAUGGGAAGAGGUUACCAAAGCAUUUCUUGGGAAGUUUUGUCCGCCCGAAAAGACCGCGGAAUUGAGAAGGAAGAUUACAAGCUUCACUCAAGAGGAUGAUGAAACCUUAGGUGAAGCAUGGGAAAGAUUCAAGGAUCUAAAGAGGAAGUGUCCACACCAUGGGUUGCCUUUAUGGAUGAUUAUUCAAAGCUUCUACGACGGUCUCACUCCUACCUCAAGGGCGAAUCUUGACAACGGAGCCGGUGGUAGUCUUAAAAAGCUACCGGUGCAAGAAGCCGAGAAUAUGAUUGAAGAAGUUGCAAGGCAUUACGCCUAUAGAUAUGAUAGAAGAGAAAGUCAACCGAAGAAGAAAGGUAUGCAUGAGUUGAGUGCAAUAGAUCUCAUUGCCUCAAAGUUUGAUAUGCUAGCUCACAAGCUAGACCAAGCAACCUCCUCAAGCGGUACCUCCUCUUCACAACCACAACCACAAGUCAUGUCUUGUGAGACUUGUGGGGGUAAUGAUCACAUGGCUUCAUAUUGCAAUGCUACUAAUGAGCAAGUUGCGGCCAUGAACCAAAGAAAUGAGCAACCUUUCAAUCAAGGGAAGAGCAAUGCAGAAAUGAGCUUCAACAUCCAACAACUUCAAGCGCACAACAAAAUAAUUGAGAAUCAACUAGCUCAAAUUGCACAACAAGUUGGGAGUUCUACCUCCAAUGCUAGUGGUCAAUUUCCAAGCUCAACGGUUGUGAACCCAAAGGAGCAUGUCAAGGCUAUCACAUUGAGGUCCGGGAGAGGGUAUGAAGAUCCGGUAAUGAGUGAAGAUGUGCCACAAAAGAGAGAUGAGGGUGUGGAGGUGAGAAGUGAGAAUGAUGUUGAAAAUGAGCCACCUAUUCCUUUCCCUCAAAGGUUGGUAGAGAAAAAAUUGAAUGAGAAGUUUUUCAAAGUUCCUUGA